AUUUUGACCUAAAUGGAUAAAAAAUCUCUUAAUUGGUGAAGGAAGUGACUUUGAAGCCAGCUUUCUAACUCCUGAUAUCAAAUAUCAUAAUGAGGUCCUAUAAUUAUGUAGCAACUACUUUUUACUCAAAUGUAGGUAAAACAUCGAUUAUAAAGGAUUGCUCCCAAAAUGCGUAUGGCUAUCAUUUUCGACCUGUGGAUUUAAUAUGAAGAUUGCUAUCGGUAGCAGAAUGAACUGGCCUCUGAAUAAUUGAGACAUUCUUCCGAUCAACAACUCAAUUAGGGUCACCUGAACAUUGCAAUCAGAGCAAUUUAUGAUUUAUGCCUUAGCAUAAGAUAAUCCCUUUGCUUCUCCAGUGCAGUAUAAAUUUGAGUUUCUAGAAGUGUUGCUUCCAGAUGCAAGCAAUGGAAGUCACGAAGCUGUACUAUCUUUGCAUUAUCUUUCAGUUACAUUUGAUCGUUAAAGGAAUUGAAUGGAAUAAUUUCUUCGAGGUAUCGAAUACUUACUUCAAAGCAAGACAUGUUAAGUUACUGACAGUGGUCAAUUGCUUCAACACCGUAGAUAAUUUCCAAUUGACAAAAAACUAUCUGGAAGCUGGCUUCUUCGUGCGAAUAAUCGAAAGGUUCGACCAUUUCAACGUAUCAGGAAAUGGAAACAGUGGUGUUGUAGUAGAUGGUUCAUGUGAAACUAAAAUGCGCCAACUGUUGACAAUCAGCAGUCUCAAUGAGUUCAUGCAGACUAACAUUUUCUGGUUGUUUUUGGAGGAGGUGCAUGAAUCCGACAAGUUGGAAGUUCCAGACACAAUCAGAACACGAUAUAAUGAUGACUUCAGACAUGUUGAAGCUCUUCCUGGAAGCAGCGUUGCGGUUGGCGUAUUCCAGUCGUCGUGGAGACUAUUCGAUGUGCACAAGAAGCAUUCUAAAGGUAGUUUGAUAUUCAAAGAUAUAUGCUACCACGGUCGGAAUCUGAUGGAAUCCACCAACAUGCAGCGAGCACUACUUCGUUUCAAUAAAAAUUUGAAGGAACGCAGAAACUUGCGAGGGUACAGAAUGCCUACGGCAAUUGCGAUAACGUCUCCCGAGAAACAUACAGGGAUCAACGAUAUGUCGGACACUUUUCACGAUUUGUACGCCAAAUCUACGUUUCCGCUUAUCAAGGAACUGAUGUAUGAUGUUAACUUCACCAUAAAUAUGAUACAAGUCGAUUUAGGUGGUUGGAAAAUUAACGGUACAUUCAAUGGACUUAUGGGACUGUUGGCAAACCGUACCGUCGAGCUUGUAGCUAUGGGUGUCCUAAUGCGGUCCGAAAGAAUGGAAGUGUCAGAUUAUAUCACCGUUGCUUUUCUGUUGAAGACUUGCUUUAUCUUCAAACAACCUCCACUAUCGUUGGUUUCCAACAUCUUUGAGCUGCCGUUCAGUGGUCAGGUUUGGCUCAGCUGCUUAGGAUUCAUAAUCGUUUGUUGGAUUACCAUGAUGAGCGUCAGGUUUUUUGCUAGACGAGAGAAUCUUACUCCAGGGGAUUCUUUGACCUUCAUCAUUGGAACAAUGUGCCAGCAGGAUAUCAAUCUGAGUGCACACUUCAAUUCGACAAAAUUUCUUUUCUUCGUGGCAAAACUGGCCAGUUUCUUCAUAUUCGCUGCCUAUUCGGCAACGAUCGUAGCGCUGCUUCAAAGUCCAAGUCGAGCUAUUAGGUCGGUGGACGACUUGACGGCAUCUCCCCUGAAGGUCGGAGCCAUGGAUACAGUCUACACGUGGGUUUACCUCAAUGAAGCCAAGGAUGCACAGGUCCAGAACCUAUUUCAGAAAAAAAUCAAGCGUUACGGAAAGAACUCCCUCAUCGAAGCUGACGUCGGAAUGAGACGAGUUAAGGACGAGCUGUACGCUUUUCAGGUGGAAUCCAACGCGGCAUAUCUAUUCAUCAAGCAGACAUUCACUCCGCAGGACACCUGUAAGAUACACGAGUUGGAAGCGAUCAAGGUGGCUCCCUUUGCCAUUCCGGUUCGGAAGGGUAGCAAGUAUCGGGAACUGUUCCGUCAGCGAUUAAUAUGGCAGAUGGAGGUCGGCAUCAAGCAUCGCGCGAAUAGAAUUUGGAUUGCCCAUAAGCCCAAGUGUGAGUCGGGAGUUGUUGCGUUCAACUCGGUUGGCCUUAAGGAAUUGAGGUUCCUGUACAUUCUUCUACCCGUCGGGGUAGCUCUGGCUUGGUUCAUUUUAGGUGCCGAGCUGUACCGGAAGAAGAAAUUGCAAAAGGUUGAAGAGGGCUCGAAGACUUCUCCGAGUGAUGGGGAAGAAGUGAUGAAUGAAAUUAAACUGAAACUGGUUUACGAUGGUUAUUUGAACUGAAAAGGCUUCUGGAGGAUGGUUAAUA